AUGUCGGGUAAAGGUGACGAUGAGUCGACGGGAAACAGCGACAAGGAUUGGGAAAUAUUCGACGUUCUGUGCGGUGAAGAGAACAUGCCAAAACACCACACCGCACACUCUCCGGUGCACCAUCACCAUCACCCACCACCAUCCUGCAAUGAUCACCUGGCGCACUCGAUCGAUCUGGCCACGACGCUUCGUAGCGAACUGGCCGCAUCGACGUACAAACGGGACCGGCUUAUGGCGGAGCUUUCGGACGUGAAAAGCUCGCUGUGCGCGAAGGAAAGCGAAUGCGAGUCCUUACGCGCCCAAAGCGCUCGUCAGACGUCCCUAAUAGGAUCUCUGCAGCAAAGGCUAGCGGCAGCGGAACAGCGUGAAAAAACGCUACACAGCCGCAGUGAAACCGUCGUUCACACGCUGCACCGUGAUAAGGGUCAUCUGGAGGAGAAGAUCAAGGAACUGGGCGCAAAAUUGCACCGUUUGCAAUGCGAGCUGACGAAGGAAGAGGGCUUGCGAGAUCAGGCCCGCUGUCAGCUGCAGGAUUUGGUGCGUCGACUCUGUCUUGUGCUCGGGGUGGAUGUGUGCGAUGGAGCACAUCUAACACCGGAAUGUGUGCUUGGAAAAACGGGCGAAACCGUGUCGGAAGUGCAGCGAUUGCGGGCUAAGCUGGCUGGGACUUGCGAGAACUUGUCGUCAGCGGAAUCGGAGCUGUUGAGCACGAAGGCGGCUGCAUCGGCGGAGAAAACGCGGUUACACACCCAGAUCGAAGGAUUGCAGUCAUUGUCGCAAGGACUCGAGGGUCGAUGUCGACAGGCUGAGAGAGAUUUGCAGGUGACGCGAGAUCGCCUAGCCGAGUGUGAGGUUAACGGGGAUAAGCUAAGAGAGGAGCUGCGAGGAUUCGAAUCACGCUGCUGCCGGUUACAGAACAGCUACGAUCGAUUGCAGAGCGAACGGUUGCAGUUUCUGCGCACGAUCGCGACGAUCGUUGGCGUCAGCGAGCCGUGUGAGAACAACCUGAGGGACAAAAUUCGGGACCUGACCAACCAUAACCAGGCACUGCAUGACCAAAUGGCACAAUGUCGCGAGCAGCAUCACCAGGAAGCGGCCAAGCAUCGGGAACAUCAAGAAGCAAGCGCUUGCAGGUUGAAGAGCGAAGAACAACACCGUAUGAACCUGGAGGAGCGACUCGAGAAGGCAUGCCACGAGCUGCAACACUUCCGUUCUGAGCACACAACGCUGAGCGAGUACUUGCUGAGGUUAGCAAGAGCUCUCUGCUGGAGCGAAUGCACGGAACCACCGGCCCCAGGCAGUGACACAACGAUCCUGAGCGAGACUCUACUCGAGCGAGCGGAACGUCUCGCAAAUCACCACGAACACCACGUGCACGGUAUCUGCGAUAAGAACUGCUGGGAGUCCAUGAACCAUCACCAUCAUCACCAUCACACCACGCAUUCCCAUUCGGCGACGAAGCUGCGCCGGGAGCGGUCCUGUACCGAUCUGCCGCUCAAGGAAAGCUCCACCCUGUACCAUAUGCAGCGCAAGGUGCGCGUGCUGAAGGAGCAGAUCCAGCGGCGCGAUCUCCAUCUCGAGCUGCUGCGGCGCAAGAUCGCCCUGCUGGAGGAUAACGCAAGGGGGAAGGCCACACUACAAACCGAGCGCGAUGAGGCGAUGCAUAAGGCGCGCAAGAACUCGAAGCAAGCCGAACGAACCACGCAGCAGCUGUCGGAGGUGAAGGCUCAGCUGGCUGAGGUGAAGCUACAGUUGACGGAAGCGUCUGAGUACAAGAUCACUGCGCUGGAGCGAGCUCGCAAAUGUGACGAGUUGCAGGCACGUUUGUGCGAUCUGGAAACGGAACGGGAACGUCUUGUGGGUCAGUUGGCGGCGUACAAAUCACGUGCUCGAUCUGCCGUUGAGACGUCGCAUGAUCGGAGAGUGCGGGAUGAACACGCGAUGUCGCAUCUUCGAGAGGAGCUGUCUCGCGUAAAGUCGCAGCUAGCCGACACGAACCAUCGCUUGUCUCAGCUGCAAGUCUUCCGAACAUCGGUCGCAAAAUUGCUACAUGUGGCGGAUUGUGCGGAUUCCGAUAUCCUGCAAAAGCUGCAGUCGGUGUGCAACGGGCACGGGCAUCACCAUCAUCACCAUCGGCAUCACAGUGCGUCGAAUUUGUCGCGAAGAUACGAUUCAUCUUCACCGUUGGCCACCGGAGACAUGCACGUGUCCCGGUACGAUGACCUUACUUCGGGCGGUGGUGGCAGAGGAGAUGGAGGAGGAGGAGGAGGAGCUGGAUCACAGUCCCUCGGUUGUCGGCCACUCAGCUCAAGCCCGGUUCAUAACCGGCGAUAUAUCGACUCGGGCUUCAACGAUCACGAUCACCAUUUUGAUGAUGAUUUCGAUUUUCAUAAGAAAUAUUGAGCCUCCGGCAGAAGGUGGCUAGCUGAAACGUAACCACACGUGUGUUCGGUGUAACAAUGCACUGCCGGGUAGGAUAGAUGCGAUUA